AUGAAAUCUUUUGAGAACGGAAAAGUUCGUGUAAAAUGUGGCAGAUUCGAUGGGCAUGUUAGAAAAGUUAGUGAAGCUGUAACUGGAUGUUAUUUCAACGGUACAGUACACAAACUUGGUGAAGUGUGGACUGAGCCAAACUCGAAUGGAUUGGAAGAGACAUCGGCAGUGAACAAAACCAUGUUCUGUAGCAAAUCGGCCGAGGGAUAUUUUCAGAGCAAACUUAUUGGGUGCUCUCGAACUCACAUUCGAAACUAUACAUACGGUGUUAGAUUCUUUGAGACAACAGAUAGAAUUCAAUUAAAUUCCACUAAUGAGGUGUCCCCAUAUUUAAUGUGCACGGAAGACACACCGGGUGGGGUUCAACUGGUCAAUGUAAAUGAGAAAAAAGAAGCUGGAUGUUUGAUCGACAAUGUUUGGCACAAAGGUUCUGAACCGUGGAUUGAUGAGCAACGAGGAGCAGUUUUUGAAUGUCAUAGUUACUCACAGUACAGGAAAAAAGAAUGUUUGAUUGAAAACCGCCGUAUAAGCAUUGACAAGGAAGUGAAACUGUCAAAUGGUUGUACAUUAUUAUGUCACCCCCAAGCCAAUAUUUACAAGUGCAAUACUCCAUUGAUUAAUUUUGAAGUUGCUGGAAAAGUUCAAAAAUCAAACCAUUAG